GUGAAGCCGCUCGAUUAUGGAAUGGUUGCGAUGAGCUCCUCGUGGGUGAUGAACCUCACCAGAUGGCUGGUCAUUUCGUCUGUUUUGACUGCAACUCGCGCCGCGUUUUCUCCCGAAGUGGUGGAGAUGAUCCAAUCAUGGGCGCCACUCGUGUGGCUACACAGUGGCGAACAGUUCAUGCCCAGCAGCGUCGAAUUCUUCUUGGAACAUGUCACGCUACAGAAUCGCAAAGGUCGAGUCCUCGACCAACAAGCCCACUCUCAACAAACUGCCGGGCGGGCCGUCUUCGACCGUCCUUCACCUUCAAUCCCGUCAAAAGCUCAGUAAAGCCACACAUGUCAUAAUCAACGUCUUAAUUAAAGAGGCGGCAGAGAGAAUGAACGGAAACAAAAACCAAAAAAAAGAAUUCCAUCUCAUAUCUAAGUCGUUUUGCAUGUUCUUUACAGCGUGUCCGUCUUGUUUGGGACCGACAUUCUUUCACGGAAACAAUGUCAACAAUGGUGGUGUGCCAGUUUACGCUAUCGUCCGCGAGUAUCAGGAUGCCUGGAAAACCAUCGACGUCGUCUACCACACUUUCUAUCCCUACAAUCGCGGCAAACAAGUGUGCAUCGGAAUUUCUACCGGAAAGGAAAAGGAAAAGUGUUUGGGCAAUGUCGAGAGUUUCGGCCAUCACGUCGGAGACUGGGAGCACGUAACUCUGCGAUUCCAGAAUGGAAAGCCGCACAUCAUUUACCUGUCCGUCCACAAUUUCGGAGCUUAUUACGUAUGGAAUGAAAGCGCCGGUUUUUUUCAAUUGCACAAAGGCGAAUCGCCCAAAGAAAAGGCAGCACGUCGCGGUCGACGGCGUAAGUUUGCACGCGACUUACAGGUGACUUUCCCGACCGUUUUGCACGUCUCAGGCAAACAUCCGGUACUUUAUAGUGCUAAUGGAUCUCAUGGCAUUUGGGCAGGCCCAGGUAAACAUACAUAUUCGACCUUCCCGCUAUUGGAAGAUUUUACUGACCAAGGUGUUGCCUGGAACACCUGGGAGAAUUUGGUGGUUAUUCCCUGGAACGAUACUCCCUACCCAUAUGCCGGACCACUGGAAUGGCUCAAUUUCCGCGGAGGAUGGGGCAAUGCCAAAAACGGAUGCGAUUUGGAGCGUCUUAGCGGUGAAUGUCGGCUUAAUCAUGGGCCAAUCUUUCCGGGAGGGCCAGAUGAUAUGCCGCCACCGCGGAUCCAGCGCUCUCGACAAGCAGCGCCUACCGUAGCGCCAAUACUUCAACUGCCGCCGCCGCACUACCUUGCCUACACGCCCACCAUUCCGCAAUAUUCGCAACAUCCAGUGCCAGCGGGCCGGACUUCCAGCUUACUUAACUAUCGCUAUAAAAGGCGGGAUCCUGCAACGGGAUCAACUCCGACAAAAGCCAACAUGAAAGAAGAGCCAAAUGGGGAGUCCGGCACCGAUGCCAAAGCCAAGUUAACUAAUCGCCUAGUCACGUUUGUUCCGGAAGAUUCCUCAACGAUGUCGCCAUGACAAACUUAUUAUUGAAUCCGGAUAAGAAGAAGAAGAGAAAAAAAAAAAAAAAUGGGCGAAAAGGAAACGAACGCGGAUGAUUGAUAGAAAGGAAGAAUUAAAAAUAGGAGCAUUUUUUGUUUGUCCUACCUUAGUUCCGCGAUUCAGCAAUUCUCGGGCAAAUGGUAAAACACCGAGGAUGACAUCCAUGCCGCUAUUAUCGACAAAAAUAGCUGCACAACGAUGAGGUCCCUCCUCAAGCCGGACGAGCCAAUCUUCGACAUGGUCGACAAACCAGGGUCGCUCUUUUUUUAAUUUUUUUUAUGACAAUUCAAAGAUGAAAACGAAAUAAUGAUGAAUCGAGUUUGAAUGAAUUUUUUGUUCGAACAAUACUUUGCAAGUGAGCCAACGCUUGCUGGAAUCCGAAACCAGGAAUCUGCAUCAAGGCGGCCGCUUCUUUGGCUCCCCAGUCGAAGACAUUGCCGGCCAAUAGGUUGGUGGCAGCAGUUUCGUGCUUCUGGCGCCAUGGCAGGGCAUCCAGCUCAGCCAGGUGGUCAGAAAGAAGCAACAAUGCCGCUUCGUUCUCCAUUUGUUUUUGCUGUCGUUUCAUAUAGGUUGUUUUUUUUAUGCGUUCAUGUGCGUAUGUAUGUGUAAGUGUGUGUGUGUGAGCAUGUAUUGUGCGUGGAUGUGUAUGUAUGGGUGCGUGUACGGAUGACGCGGAAAAUGCAAAUCAGUAUUUACAAUAAAUAAACAAUUUCAGUAGUUA